AUGCUACCUAAAAAUCCUGUUAGUGAUAUUAGUACUCUUGUGUUGAAACAAUAUAAGAAAAUGUAUGAAGAAAUCUGCUUAAGGUUCAAAUUUGAGAAGGAAGCAUCAUCUAAAGAACUUGAAAUUUGGAAAGAUAAAUACGAAACUCUGUAAAAAAGAUGGGAUACUCUUAAUUAAUUAAAAGAGAAAUAAGAUGGAAAGACUAAGUAAGAUAUCAAUGAUUCUAAGACCCUAAAUUAAGUGCCUAAAACAUCUGGACAUUAAUAAACUUCUUUAUUACCAAAUACAGAAAAAUAAUAAUUUUAGAUCUUAGUUCAAUAACUUAAUGAAUAAAUUGCCAAAUAAAAAAAAUAAAUCUAAGAAUUGAGUGAUAGAAAUGAAAAGCAUUCUAUUGACAAUAAAAAAUUAGAAAUUGAAAAUAAAAAAUAUUCUGAAUAAUUAAAUCAAUUUAGAAAGACAUCUCACCAUAAAUUUAAUGAUUAAUAAAUGCUGCAAUAUGAGGAAAAUGUUUAAAAAUUUAUUUAAACAAUUGAUGAGAUGAAACAAGAAAAAAAUAGUUUUGAAAAACAAAUAGAGAAAUUAACCAAAGAAAACUAAUCCUUAUAAUAAUCUAAUGAUGAAUUAAAAAAAUCAAUUCAAGAGCAUGAUAAGGGUCAGCAACAUAAAAAUUAGUUUUAAUUAUAAAUAAGCGAAUUAGGAUUAAAAAAUAAUCAAUUAGAAAAAUUAGUUAAAGAUUUAGAAAAACAAUCAUAGCAUCAAUAAGACCUAUCCAAAUAGACUGCUAAAUAAAUGGAUGAUAAACAAUAAGAAAUCUAAUCACUCUAAAACAAAGUCUAGGAAUAUUAAAAAGAACUAUCAAACUUAAAUCAACUCUAAGAUGUUUAUAAUGAAUAAUAAUUACAACUUUAAUAGUUGGCUCAAGUGAUACAAGAAUUGGAAGGAAAACUUUCAGAAUCUACAAAUCCUUAAUCAUAUGAAUCAGAAAUUAAAUAAAUAUCGAUCAAAUAUGAUGAUUUAUAUUAAUAAUAUACUGACCUAUAAACUCAAGAUAUCAUGAAAUAAGAAUGGCUUAACUUACAAAAAUCUUAGCUUGAAGAUCUCAAAUAAGAGAAUGAUUAAUUAAGUCAAAAAAUUGAAGAAUUGCAAAAAUAAAAUGAUGUUUUGAUUGGUCAAAUUGAAAUACAAAAAGAUGAAACCAAACUAUCAUCCAGUCAAUUAUAAGAUUAAAUUAAUUCUUAUGAACACAUAGUUUCAGAUAAGAAUGAAGAAAUCCAUAAAUUAAAAGUAGAAUUAACAAAAUAAAAAUGUAGUUUAAAAAAUGAUGAUUAUGAAGAAAAGAUUUAAUAAUUGAAGACAUAAUAUGAGAAAUUGGAAUCUGAAUCCAAAAUGAAAAUAGAAUGGAUGGAAAUUCAAAAUACUGAACUUGAGGAAACUAUUAAUGAAUAUGAAAAAAAAAUAUAAAACUUUGUGGAAUAAUUAAAUCAAAUAAACAAAAAUAAUCCAGAAGAUCAAUCCUAAAAGAUUACUGAACUUAAGGAACAUCUCCAAUAGUAUGAACUUAUUGUUAACAAUAAAAAUUUUGAAAUCGAUGAAUUAAAGAAGUAAAUCAAAGAAAUCAAUUAAAAAUAAAAUGAUGAAGACUUUGAAAAGAAGUAUUUAAAUUUAAAAACUUAAUUUGAAAAAUUAGAAACCGAAAAUCAAAUGAAGUAGUAAUGGUAGAAUAUUUAAGAAGAGGAACAAUAAGAAUAAAUCAAUACAUUAAAUGCAUAGAUAGUUGAAUUAAAUGAUUAAUUGAAUUCAACCUAAAAUUUAUACUUAAAAUUGCAAACCGAUUUAUAACAGGAAGUUGAUAAAAAUGAAUAAUUGUCCAAAUAAUCUUAAUAACAUUUGUUGGAUAUUUAGAAUUCAUUUAAUUCUGGAAAUAUAAGAAAUGCCUUGAGAAAAUCAAUUAAAAAAGAGGAAUCAUUUGAAGAUGAAGCUAAUAUAAAAAAAAAUGCUGAUGAGAAAUGCAUUAAUGAUCUCAAAGAAAAGAUUCAAACUUUGAAUGAAGAAUUAGGCGAAUAUGAAGAGAAUCAAUCUAAUUUGCAACAAUAAAUUGGAGAAUUGACUGAAUAGAAAAACAAAAUUCAAUUGCAAUAUGAAGAAAUGUAUAAUUAUUACUCAAAGGCUUACGAUUAAAUAUAAAAUUUUAUAACUUAAGUUGAAGAUCUUAACAAAAUUAUUUUGGAUAAGGAAAAUUAAAUAGUUGAAAAUUAAUAUUAGAUACAAUAACUUGAGGAUCAAUUAUUAUAAAUGAAUGAAAUAAACAAGGAUGCUUACACUGAAAAUCAGGAUAUUAAUUAGAUGAAGGCAUUUUAUGAAUAAAGGUUCCUAGAGUAGGAAACCCUCAUUCAAAAUUUAUAAUAAUAAUUAGAAUAAACCUCUGAUCAAGAAUAUUAUUAGAAAAUGAACUAAAUAUUACAUGAGAACGAGGAACUAAAACAAUUGAGAAGUGAAAAUUAAGAAGAAUUAAAUAAAAAGGAUUAAUUGAUAGAGGAAUUAUAAAUGUAAAUGUUAUCAUAGUCUUAGGUAACAGGAAGCUCAGAUCUGUAAGAAAGAAAAAGAAGAUAAGAAUUAUUGGAUAAAGUAAAAGAUGACAAAUCUGAAAAGUCUGAAUCCUCAAAUGAACAAUUGGUUAAGAAGAUUGGGAAAAAGACCUCUGGGGCAAGUGCGAAGUUAUCUCUAAAAUUAGAUUAUAAUCAAGAUGGAUCUAAAUAAACAAAACCUAAAAGUGCAACGAGUUUAGAUUUUCAAGAGUGA